AUGAAGGAGCUACAUGAGGUUCUGGAUGAAGUCUUGCAGAAGUUGGUUCAGCUCAUUCAGGAGGAGGAAUGUGGCCUGCAGUCUCUGUCUCUGUGUGAGUCACGCCUGCGCUCUCGGGGCACUGUACUGGUCAACGCUCUGGGCAGCAACACCUGCCUGAGGAAAGUGGACCUGAGUGGAAACAAUAUGGACGACAUCGGAGCCAAGAUGCUCAGCAAAGCCCUGCAGAUCAACACAACGCUCAGGAGUGUGACGUGGGACCGCAACAACACCUCUGCUGCAGGAUUUCUGGAUGUGGCCCGAGCCCUUGAACAUAACUUCACCUUGCAGUACAUGCCUCUGCCCCUGAGUGACAUCAGCCAGGCGUACCGCAGCGCUCCUGAGAAGACCGAGCAGGCCCUGACAAAGAUCCAGCGUGCCCUGGUCAGGAACAACCAGACCCAGUGCUUCUCUCAGCGGCAGGCUCUGCGGCUGCACCAAGGCUUGGUCACCAGCACAGCUGAACAGGUGAUGGAGCGCCUCUGUGUGCGCGUCCAGCAGCAGGUGUGUUUGUUACGUGGGGCUGGAGAGAAGGAGGAGAUCCAAGCUGCAAAACAAGUGUUGAAAGAAGCAAGGAACUCCCGCGCUCUCUAUCCUUCUCUGUGUGAGCUGGCUCAUGUGCUGUCUGUGGAUGGACCGGUGAGGCAGAGGCUGGACUCUCUGGCUGCUGAACUUGCCAAAGCUGCAGAUAAAGAGCUGCAGCCGAGAGAUUAAGUCCUCCACUCUCAUCUGUCUCUGAGCGUGUGUCCAUCCCUCGCUCUGCGAUCCGCACUGCCC